AUGCCAGUAGUAGAAUCUGACAGUAGCAGCAGUGGUGUAGUACAUCUACGGAGCAGUAGCAAUAACAGCACCGGCGCUCACGAUAAAACCUUCAGGGCACCGGAGCGCAAUGGUUAUGUGAAAACAAGUGUCAACCAGCCACUGCCCGACAGUCGCGACCGAGAUGGUGAUGGCUCAUAUGGGUCGUGCAUGGUGAGGCUCGUGUUCAAGAUAUGGAGUUCCCAAAUACUCCGGUGUACAGUAUGUGUGGGCUCACUGUCGGUUUUUCUCGCUCUGGUGGUUAAAUUAGCCGACUGGAGGACUGAGCUCAGUAGCAGUGGUAACAGCCUCAGCAGGCUGCACUCCUGCUCUCCUGUUCAUAUCGUGUCAGGCUGCGCAGGGGAGUUGUUGCUAACUCUCUGGCAUCUGAUCUCGCCUGUAUUUACCCUCCUAUGUGCCUUCUUUUGGGUGGGUUUGUAUUUGAUCAGCUGCGGAGUGCUUAUCCAAACCGCCCUUUUCCUCCUCACGCUUUGCCACCUAGGAGAGACGGCGGCGUGGGCUCUCGUGCACGGCGGGACUGGGACGGAUGAACAACAGCCGUUUUCCUUCAGCACGUCAGCGGCCGCGGUCGUGCUCGCCUGCCUGGCCACCGGCACACUCAUGGUAGCGCGGCUCAAGCACGGCAUCUCGGUCAUAGUGUUCGUCAGCGUCGUUCGGACUAUCUCGCUCAUCUCGCUGCACAAAGUCCGGGCCACUUGGAGACCUUACGUGGCGUACCUGGUGGGAGUGUUGGGCAUCCUACUGGCGAGGUAUGCUGAUAGCCUACUUCCGAACCAAGGGCUACCCAGGGAGGGCUGUACCCCCUCUGUGACUGGGGCGAGGGAAGGGGACGAGACCCCCGUGUUUAAAAGGCGAAGGAGGUCCAGUUCUGUGAUUUCCACAGACAUGGCACACAGUCAGCCCAACAGCAAGUCACACAGGAGGACCUCGCUGCCAUGCAUUCAGAGGGACCAGGUAAGGAGCUUUUUUUCUGGCUGUACGGGAGUCCCGUUGGACUUGGCAGACUGUAUGGCUGGUUUGUUUGUGGCUCGUUUUGGGCUCUCCCUCAGGCGUUGGUUGGAUUAG